GGGAGCUAACCUUUCAUUGAUAUGGCCGCCGGGUCACCGAGCCCCGUCUAGUCUACCCCUGCACUUCCCUAGUGCUUGGCCAGCUCUGGGGUACGUACAUCAGAAAUGGAUGGGAAGCCUGCAGUGGUUUCCAAAAAAGCGGAGGAAAUGGUUAACGGUGUUGCCACUCAAGUUGUUUGCUCUGCAUUCAGUGAUCACAUUUUAGUUGUGGUGACACAGUAUGGAAAAAUGGGAACUCUGGUGUCUGUCUCGCCUAAUGCCAUGUCAGGUGAUCUCGGUACACCAUCACUAACUACAAAAGUGCUUUUAGGAAAAGAUGAGCCUCUAAUCCACGUUUUUGCAAAAAACUUGGUAACUUUUGUGUCGCAAGAAUCAAAGAACAAACCAGUCCUUCUAUCCAUGGCAUUAAAGGAUAAAAGCGUGGACAGUAUUAAAGCACUGAGAGAUGUUAUCAGAAGUUGCCAGGUCUGGUAAUGGAGAGUGAGAUUGCAUUUAAGGGAAUCUACCAUCUAACUGACGGUUUGACACAGUGCACAUCAAAGGAUUAUACUUGAUGAGUUGAUAGAAGAUGUAUAGAAUGAAGAAAUAACUGGUUCCUAUUAUAACCUCUGGUCGUUUUGUUAAAGUGAAUUUUCCUCAAAACAUAUCAUUUGAUGCUGCAUAAUGAGAUCUUAAAAGGGGCGUCAGUUGGAAUUCUGGUAGAAUACUGUAAACACCAUGUUUUAUUAGUUUUCAGUAAUUCAGCCAUUAAAUGAACACUCCAAGCAAGAUGCUCGCUGUAGUGUUUAUGGUACUAUGAGUGCCCUGGCAAUGUCUCACAGCUUACCAGGAGGGACACAACAUUUACUGUCCUCUCCUGCAAGAGAAGUCAGAUGUCUCUUUGCAGCCCAAGCACAGCUGGUAUCGGGCCGCACUUUGUGGCCAAGAGCGCUCACAGCUAAUGUGAAUGGCCCUGCUAAGGUCAAUGGAGCGAAAAGGAUUCUCCUUUAAGAAGAAUCUGGAAGCAGGACCUGAAGCAUCAGAACCUCUAAAACAGACAGGUUUUACUGGGACAGUGCCAGGGCAGUGGUGGUUAUGGUUCUUGGAGUGUUCCUUUAAACACCAUUUAGAUAAUAGAUUACCUGUAAAAUUGUGCACUGUUUUAGCAUUUGUAUCCCCUAUCUUAUGCUGUUGUUUUCAUUCAGUGAUAUAAACACAUCUGAAAAAAUUUAUAAAAUGUAUGUAAAAGGA